GUUUAAGCUUUGCUCUUUCCCAAAAGUCAUACGCUACCGCCAACUUUGACGCGUCCUUUGCCAUCAUCUUAUCAAAAGUUCCGCCCGCGUCACCCACAGCACAGCCUUCAUGACAACCGCCCUCGAGUUGUCCCCACGGAUAGCCGAGCUGGCCACAGACUUUGUCGACCUUCGACUCUCUCAGCCUGAUCUUGCAGAGGACCAGGAUCGCCGCAGGCUGGAUUCCACCACCCCCACAGCCUCAAUGACCUCGUCGCCAGCAGCGCCAGCAUCGCUUCCUGUCAUGCCCGAACACUCGCGCGAGGCAUCUUCCUCGUCUGCUUCCACUGGGCUGCACUCUGAUGAGUCGCCGCCGCGGCCAUCGCGUUCCGCCCUGCGCAAGGCGCGGGGCGCUAACCUCACGGUGUUGUUACAUGAAGCCGAGAACCUUCACUCCGAGGUCGCCACCCUUCUCGACAAGAUAUACGAGAUUGAAGAGCUGCGUCACUCGCCGUCCGCACGCUCAGGUCAUGCGACAAGAUUGGACGGACUCCUGUCAGAGCUCAACGACUCUAUUCAAGCUCUCAGCCAGCGCAUGACAACGUUCGAGGUCGCGCCGGAAAGCGACCCGUCGGGAAUGCUUGGGCCUCUCAGAGCGGACUGGGCUAAGGUGCUCUCACAGCACGCGCAGCUCAAGCAGGAAUUGCAAGAAGACCCAUGGCUGGUCCGCUUCCGCACGACUGCCGAUCAGGCGCAAGACAUGAUGGACCCAUUGCAGAACAGUCUCCUCGAAGUGACAUCAUAUGUCGGUCGCAUUCUCUCGUCGUUGGCACCAGUGCCGAUGUCUGCACCGGAGGGCAAACUGAGCAUUGAGCGAUUGCGGAGGCUCGUCGCUGGGCAUGCGAGACUGAAAGUCGCGUACGUCCCGAGUGUGAUCAAGAUUCUACGUAUCAUGGACAAAAGCGUCUCGGAGCGCGCAGUGAAGAACGGCGAGGCUUUACGGCGCGUUGCCGACAUGCAGCAACGCUGGGUUAUGCUGCAGCGCCAGCUGAGUCACCUGGAUGACAAGGUCAGGCUAGUGCUUUCGCAAAACGAUCCGGAUCACCCCCACUUUGAGGACAACGUCGAGUUGCUGGAGGAUGACAGGUCACACCACACGUCCCCGCUGCACUCGCCACCCCUCUUCCAGUCCGAUACGCCACCACACUACAGCUUGCAGCGUGUGCUGAGCGCCGGAUCAGCCAUACCAGAUGCUAGACAGUCCUUGGCGCCUCCCAGCGUGCCAAGGACCGGUUCAAUCACCCCGAAUGCCCAACGUUCAGUGAGGCGGAUUCAGUCCCGUCCCUCUCUGCCUGUGGCCUCCCCUUUGGAUCGCCCAAGGUGGAAUGCUUCGACGCGGCCCUUCGAGCCCCCUCCCACGCCCCCGGCUCUCAGACGCCCGAGCCAGGGGAGUCAGAACUCGUUGGGCAUGUCUGCGUCGGCAAUCGGUAGACGCCCGAGCCAGGCCAGCAUCGGAUCAGCCUUUGGGACACAGUCGCUACGCCGCGCGGGAAGCCCGACGUUCUCAUCGCCUCCUGGGUCAACGGCGCCACGCAUGCCGCACACAGCACCCCGCAAAAAUAUUCCGAGCACGCCAACAAGGCCGAGAGCCAUGGGCCGUCAGUCAUUCGGUGGUUCGCUAGGUCGGCCACCGCCAUCCGCUUUCCGUGUAAUUUCACCGGCGCCGUCGAUGCCACAUCGACCAUCGUCUCGCGUGUCCAUUGCAUCUGCGGCGUCUUCGCAUAUUCCAGCCGCAGGAAAGCUUUUCACGCCCAGCAAGUACGAUCUGCUGGACCAGGAGGUGCAAAAGGUCAUCGACGAAGUGCAGCCAAACAUCCUGAUUACGCGGCUUGAUCAGCCACUACGCCGCGGUCAGAGGAAGGCGGAGGGCGAGUCAUGGACGGGCGAAUUUGUGUUCGGAGGAGGAGAGAGGAGCUCGAGCGUCAAGUUGCUCGAGCUCCCGGGCCGCGGACCGCCUGGUGCGCCGAAGCGGGUCAAGGUCAUGGUGCGGGUCGGAGGUGCGUGGGGUGACCUGAAGGUCCAUCUGCAGAAGAAGAAGGAGGACGCCGUGAGCAUCGCGACGAGCUAGAGAUGAGGAGAGGGCGAGGAAGUCGACGGGAAGAAUUACAUU